GGUCGUCUGUCACACACCACACACAACACAUCACAUCACUCACACCGACACCCCCGAAUCUCUCACACACGUUGCUCACAUAGUUACUGGACGCCGGACUGGCACCUACACUGGACAUUAAGCGCAUCGACCACUCCAGUCUUCCCUCCUCGCCGCACAACAGCACACUAGCACACCUGACCGCACCGCGCCUCACUGUGCCUCACCGCAGCUCACCGUGUCACGUCUCUCCAUAUCCGCUUGUUGCUCCACGCGCACCGCCGCAGCUGAGGUCCUCUCCACGCCACGGGUUCCAAGAGCAUUUCCAUCUGCUUAUUCGCCUUGGUUUCCUGUUGGUUUGCUACAUUUUGUACUGUACCUUACCUACUGCCAUCUUACACCCGUCAUCCGCCCUGUUCAUUCUAUUCUUUCUCUGCGUCUUUCCCUCAUUGGGUUACCCGAUAGACCUGGCCAACCUAUUCGAAAGCUCGGCGUAGACUGACACCGCGACUGCCUUUGACUCUCCGACCUGUCGGUCUUGUCUCACCAGCCCACGCCUUUCGCACUCGCCGGAACGCGCAUCUCGUCACUCGUCCGACAAUUACCCAUUUCACACUCCCCUUCUGCCUCAUCUCUUGCUGGCAAUACGCACUCUGACGCCCCAUCCCACCACACGCCAUUCUCACCCACUUGUCCGCCAUCCAUCCUCCUUCUUACCUUACCCAUCACUCACUUAGCCCUUCUGUCCCCCCAGGUUUAACCAUCUCACACUCCCGUGGCCCGUCUGCUGCCUUCUCUCACGUAAUUGAGAAUCGAGCCGACGAGUACGGACGAGACUCGAGACAGACAGACCAGCCCUAUCCCGGGUUGGGUGUUGUAUCGGCCAGCCAGGCAUCCCCGAGAGCAGAGGACGCACGACCGGGUGAGCACCGGCUGCAUGGUUGUUGUAUCCGUACAUUAAUACGAUAUACAUCCAUCCGCCGUCACGCCGAAUCCCUCGCUUCCUCACUAAGCCAAGAGUUUGGCUGUCGGUCUGUAUCUGACUACAUUUCCGUACCUGGCUAUCUGAGAGACAGCCCAGCCAGUUGAUGGUCGCACCCCUGUCCCCCCACCGCCCAUCACGCACGUCAAAAGCACCACCAAACCAAACCGGCCAGUCACCCCGCCAGUCCAGCCAGCCUGUGUUCCAGAUAGGCUCAGGAGUCAGGACCACCUCGUCUUGCUCCACACACUCCUCCCACCGCCCGCCGCCGCUUUCUUCCUUGUUGCGGCCGACUCGACGAAACAUCGCCCGCAGCGACCGCCGCGCCUCUCUCUCACCUCUGCCCAGCUUAGCCCAGCCAGCCAGCAAGCCCGUGUCUGACCACGAGUCCGGAAAGCGAGAGUUACUACUCUUGUCGACUAGGUCCCUUUGACCCCCUUCUCGCCGUUCGACCUGCUCCCUGGGCCCGUCGCGUUCCGACCCCCCCCCCAAAGCAUAAUAAUAAUAGCUCCGCGCCCAUCCUAUCCCCUCCCGUCCCAGCCAUGUACACUCCCGGCUACGGUUUCUCCAAUGUCCCUCCGAACUUCAACACCGGCGCCCCACCUCCAAACCAGAACCCUCACAUGCAGCCAGGCUCAGUCUCAAAUCAGCCCGGCCAGCAGAUGAUGUACAACCCUAACCAAUUCGCUGGCAUGCCCGGUGGCCAGUCCGGCUUCGUUGGUGGACCCAAUCCCGCCAUGAUGUCGGGCGCUGGUCCUGCAGGCAUGAUGCAGAACGCCGGCGGCAUGCCGCACAUGGCUGCCAAUGGUCAAAUGGCCUUUCAGAACCCCUACCAGGGCAAUCCCUACGGCGGCAACAUGCCCACGCCUGGCGGCCAACAUGCCAACUUUGGCGGAAUGCAAGGCUUCCCGAUGAACGCGGCUAUGACGCCCCAGCAGCAGCAGCAGAUCAUGAUGCAGCAGCAACAGCAGCGCAUGCAAGCGCAGCAAGCGCAGCAACAUCAUCAGCAGCAUCAACAGCAACAGCAACAUCAGCAGGCACAGGGACAGGCCAACCAAGGUGGCAUGCCGUUGGGUUCAACUCCUCAGCGACCGAUGAGCGCGGCACAGGGCGGACACGGUUCGCCAAAUAACGCGGUACAACAACAGCAGCAGCAGCAGCAGCAGCAACAACAACAACAUCAACAGCAGCAUCAUCAACAGCAUCAACACUCCCAGCAGCCGCAGCAGCAGCAGCAGCAUCCCCAACCGCAACAUCACCAGCCACAGCAACAGCCUCAACAGCCCCAACAACAACAGUCGCAGCAACCUCAGUCUCAGCAACAAUCCCAGCAGCAGCAACAGCAUCAACAACAAGCGCAGCAGCAGCAGCAGCAGCACCAUCAACAACAGCAAGCGCAGCAACAACAACAGCAGCAACAGGCUCAACAACACCAACAGUCGCAAUUUCCGACCCCACAGCCUCAGGCCCAUAGCCAAACCCCUACGACUGCCGCGCAACAGCACUCGGCCUCCGUCACAACCCCCCAGACGCCCACAUUUCCCCAACACAACCAGAGCGCGAGUAUCAAUGGCGUCCCGCCAUUGUCCACACCUCUCAGCCCCGGUAGCGAGUCGCGGGAGCAAGAGCGGUUCUCGGUGCUGCUGGAAAUUAACCAAGAACUACUGUUUGAGUCGAUGCAGCUGCAACAUACGCUGGGCGAGCUCAAGAAAGAAGCGGGCCCCUCGGGCGAAGGGGAACAAGCAAGAAAACCAACUCCAGAAGAGUCUGCAGUUCAACAGGAUUACAACCAUUGCAUGCGACGACUCCAAGCGAACCUCGCCUACUUGGCCGCCCUAGCCGACAGGAAGGGCAACGUCCAAGUCCCACCGUCCCCUGCAUAUCUCUCCUCGCCGCCCUUAAAUAUGACACUGAGAAUAAGAAACUCGACCCCUCCCGGCGACAUACCCGAAAACAACCCUGAUCCGGUGACAGACCGUGAGGAACGAUCCAAAUAUCUCACCGAGUUGUAUACGAAGCUUCAAGCCUUGUUCCCCAACGCCGAUCCUAAAAAAGAGCCGGCAUUCCAGACGCCGGCGCGCCCACAGGGCCAGCCAGGACAGCCGGGAAUGGGACAAGGUCAACGGCCGCCGAGCCAUCACGCUAGUCCCGCCAUGGCCCAGGCACAAAGACCGAUGCAGAUGCAAAACAUGCCCGGUCAACAUCAACCGCAGGGAAUCGUUCCGUCAUAGGAGGGGCAGAGCGCGACAAUAAUUGAAUGGAUGAUGGAAGUUGGACGACACGACGGCGUUCAGGAGAAGCCGGGAUGAUACCACCAAAAGCAAUGUCACGAGUUUGGCGCAGGCGGCGAACCUUUCAUUUUCACGGGGCCGCCUUCUUGGCGUUGCCUGCCGUGGCGAACAAUACUUGAUGCAAGAUAUGGGAGCUGUAAAUGGGGAUAGUGCUGAUGGAGACUGUUAAAGAGAGGGGCAUCAGCCACUCAAGUUUGUGUAGAUGGGCUUCUUAGAGCCGACAGAGCGACAUAUUAUGUUAUAUAUAUACCAGCGGGAGGCGCGAUGCCUGGUGAAUGGAUAAGGCGAAAGCAAGAUUGGACAGUUUCAAGCCU